CCGCUCCAGCCGCAGAAGAAGAAGGAGAAGAAGAAGAAGAAGCCGCGGCGGCUUUUAACGCUUCGUGCGACUUGUGGAGACGAAGCAUCCGGUCCGAGCCGCGGUCUCCCGGGUUGUCUGUCCCGCGGGCAGCUUGUCCGGUGUCUCGGCCGUGUUUCUGAAGCCCUUCCGGUGCGCGCAGACCUGAGCGGCGGCGUGAUGACGGAGUUCCAGGAGAAGCUCCGUCAGCAGCACGAGGACUCCAUGCACCGCGAGCUGCAGGCGCUGCUCGCCACCGCCAACAAGGCCGAGGCCGAGAUCUCCAGGAAAGAUUUCGAUGGCUUCAAGAAGCUCUUCCACAGAUUCCUGCAGGUCAAAGGUCCCGCAGUCGACUGGGCCAAGAUCUCCCGGCCGCCGGAGGACUCGAUCCGUCCCUACGAGAGGAUCCGGACGGAGGGUCUCCCCGACAACAUCAGCGCCAGCCUCAACAAGCUGGCCGUGGUCAAACUGAACGGCGGCCUGGGGACCAGCAUGGGCUGCAAGGGCCCCAAGAGCCUGAUCAGCGUGCGCAGCGAGAACACCUUCCUGGACCUGACGGUGCAGCAGAUCGAGCAUCUGAACAAAACCUUCAACGCCGACGUGCCGCUCGUCCUCAUGAACUCCUUCAACACGGACGAGGACACGAAGAAGAUCCUGCAGAAGUACAAACACCACCGGGUGAAGAUCCACACCUUCAACCAGAGCCGGUACCCGCGGAUCAACAAGGACUCGCUGCUCCCCAUCGCCAAGGACAUGGCGACGGGCGGCGAGGUCGGCGAGGCCUGGUACCCGCCGGGCCACGGGGACAUCUACGCCAGCUUCGCCAACUGCGGCCUGCUGGACAAACUGCUGGCCGAGGGGAAGGAGUACGUCUUCGUGUCCAACAUCGACAACCUGGGCGCCACCGUGGACCUCUUCAUCCUGCACCACCUGAUGAGCCAGCCGGCCGAGCGCCGCUGCGAGUUCAUCAUGGAGGUCACCGACAAGACGCGGGCCGACGUCAAGGGCGGCACGCUGAUCCAGUACGAGGACCACCUGAGGCUGCUGGAGAUCGCGCAGGUACCGAAGGCCCACGUCGACGAGUUCAAGUCCGUCACCAAGUUCAAGAUCUUCAACACCAACAACCUGUGGAUCUCCCUGCCCGCCAUCAAGAGGCUGCAGGAGGAGAACGCCAUGGACCUGGAGAUCAUCGUCAACCCCAAGACGCUGGACGGCGGCCUGAACGUCAUCCAGCUGGAGACGGCCGUGGGCGCCGCCAUCAAGAGCUUCAACAACGCCAUGGGCGUGAACGUGCCGCGCAGCCGCUUCCUGCCGGUGAAGACGUCGUCCGACCUGCUGCUGGUGAUGUCCAACCUGUACAGCAUGGACGCCGGCUCGCUCACCAUGAGCAAGAGGAGGGAGUUCCCCAGCACGCCGCACGUCAAGCUGGGCGGCUCCUUCACCAAGGUCCAGGAGUUCCUGUCCCGGUUUGAGAACAUCCCGGACAUGCUGGAGCUCGACCACCUCACCGUGUCCGGAGACGUCACCUUCGGGAAAAACGUCUCGCUGAAGGGAACCGUCAUCAUCAUCGCCAAUCACGGGGACCGGAUCGAUAUUCCGGCCGGGGCGAUGCUGGAGAACAAGAUCGUCUCAGGGAACCUGCGCAUCCUCGACCACUGAUGCAUGCUGGGAAAACAAAAAGCAGCAGCCCACAGAAACAAGCCGGCCGAUCGCACCUCGAACUCUCUGAAGAACUCUGUUUUUCAACGUGUCACUGACCGCGCAAGGGUCAAAGGUCAACCUGCUGCUCUGAACUCGUUACUGCAAACUGCAAACUAACCAAAGUCUGAAGCUUCUCAAAUCAUUUCAAAUUAGAGGUUUGGGGAUUUUAAUGAUAUUUGUUUUUAAAUCAGUUGGAUUUAUCUUCAUGAUGGUUGAAAAUAUUGAUAUAGAUUGAUAAUUUAUUGCCUUCCUAAACGCGUCGUGAAGACUUGAUGCUUUGUCAUGCAUGUGUGUACAUAUAUACACGCAGCGUGUACAUGUAUAUACAUAGUGUGUACAUAUACACACAGUAUGUGCACGUACAUUCAUGCAGGAUUGCAGACAAGAAGUUCAUGUUUCUGUUCAACUUUGCCAAAAAACAACAGCUGGGUUUGUAAAUGACCUUCACAUUAAAACACGUUUCCAUGGAGACCAAAACGCUUCAACAAGACGGGGAUCCGCCUGAGUAACAGUUCGACGAGAAGAGAACAGGUCCGCGUUAAAACAAACUGAUGAUGUGUUCCGAUUUAAAACGGCUUCCUGUUUCACAAUAAAGCCGCCGUUUAUUCAUAUUUAACUCCACGCUCGCUCUACUGAAAAGAGGACGUGAUCGUAAAGAGCUGCAUCGUCCUGUGUGUCUCUGCAGGGACAAUUCAAUAAAAAAACCUGAGAAGGA